AUGGCUGCCAAUGAUAAUGAUGUAUUUGGUUGGUCACCAUUGGAUGCAACUGAUGAAGCGCUGGAUGUUGUCGACAGGGUGGGGAUUGUUGUACUUGACAGCAUGGUUGGUGGAAUUGAUGCCACUGUUAUUGUUAUUACUGCUGGCAUUGAUGAUGAUGAUGAUGAGAGAGAUGAUGAUGAGAGAGAUGAUGAUGAGAGAGAUGAUGAUGAGAGAGAUGAUGAGGAAAGAGAUGAUGAGGAAAGAGAUGAUGAGGAAAGAGAUGAUGAGGAAAGAGAUGAUGAGGAAAGAGAUGAUGAGAAAAUAGAUGAGGAUGGUGUUGUCGAAAGGAGUAGUAGUUGUGGUACUCUCAAUAUUAGUGGUAGAUCCAUCCUUUCUCUUAGUGGGAUGAUGGUUGUCGUUAGCUAG